AUGCUCAGUGGCAUCCUCCUAUUCAACCAGAAGGGCGAGAACCUCAUCUUUCGCGCCUUUCGUCCAGAUUGUCGUCCUCGACUAGCCGACAUCUUCCGCAUCCAAGUCAUCUCCAAUGCCCAGGUCAGAUCACCUAUUCUCACCCUUGGUUCGACGACCUUUAGCCAUGUCAAGCACGAGAACAUCUAUAUCGUGGCGGUCACUAAAAGCAAUGCCAAUGCUGCAAUUGUCUUCGAAUUCCUCUACAAGUUCAUCGGGCUGGGAAGACAAUACUUUGGAAAGUUUGACGAGGAGGCCGUCAAGAACAACUUUGUGUUGAUUUAUGAGUUGCUCGACGAGAUCCUAGACUUCGGCUAUCCUCAAAACAGCGACAUCGAUGUGCUCAAGAUGUACAUCACCCCGGACAACAUCUCCUCUGCCAUCCGUUCGGUGUCCGCGCCCUCGAGCGACACUUCCCGAAUCACGAUGCAGGCUACGGGAGCCCAAUCUUGGAGAAGAGGUGACAUCAAGUACCGGAAGAACGAGGCGUUUGUGGAUGUCAUUGAGGACGUGAAUCUUCUCAUGAGCGCGACCGGCACCAUCUUGAGGGCAGAUGUUACUGGCCAGAUCAUCAUGAGGGCAUAUCUUACCGGCACACCAGAGUGCAAGUUUGGACUCAAUGAUCAGCUCGUCGUUGGACAGAUCGCCCACGGCCUGGAUGGUCCUGUUGGGAACCAAGACAGCAGACGAAAGGCCACGAGAGCAGCUGCCGGCUCCGUCACCUUGGAGGACUGUCAAUUCCAUCAGUGUGUACAGUUGGGAAAAUUCGAGACUGACCGAACCAUCUCCUUUGUACCACCAGACGGAGAGUUCGAGCUCAUGAAGUAUCGAGCCGUUGAGAACGUCAACCUCCCUUUCAAAGUACAUGCUAUUGUGCGUGAAGUUGGCACCACCAAAGUCGAGUACAGUAUUGCUGUCAAAGCGAAUUACGGAAGCAAGCUUUUUGCGACGAACGUGGUGGUCAGGAUACCCACGCCUUUAAACACUGCAAACAUCACCGAGCGAACUACCCAAGGUAAGGCGAAGUACGAGCCAGAGAACAAUUGCAUCGUGUGGAAAAUUUCUCGUUUUACUGGUGGCAGUGAGUUUGUCCUCAGCGCUGAAGCACACUUGACCAGUAUGACCAACCAAAAGGCAUGGUCACGACCACCGCUGAGCCUGAACUUUUCGCUGCUCAUGUUCACUAGCUCCGGGUUGUUGGUUCGGUAUCUCAAGGUGUUCGAGAAGAGCAACUAUAGCAGUGUCAAGUGGGUUCGGUACAUGACCAAGGCGGGAAGCUACGAGGUACGAUUUUGA